GUUGGCGUGGCUGUAGUGGCUGUAGUCGCAACAAGCGCCACGCGUGGUUGGCCUGUUAAUGUAUGGAAACAGCUAUAGCAGCCAUACCAAACCCACCCUUUGUAUCUUCUACCGCCUCUUCUCUCCCUUCCCUCGUACUUCGGACCCGGCGUCACCCUCGUACCUCGCAUCCCUCGCAUACUUCGCAUGUAUAACCCCACCGAGCGGACGCAUCAAGCUCCGGCGAAGAAAGUUAUGGACAGUCUCUCAACAGAGGCAAAAAACAACUGUCAUACAUAAUAACAACCACUCAAAACAACCACACCCCUCCCAAACUCCGUAGCAUAUCUAAUUAAAUCUUGGGUUACCUCCGUACCCUAUCUCCAUAUUCUACUUUGCUUGUCACAUAUAUACCUAUCGUGCCCUCUCCCUCUUCUUGCUCUUUGUCCCUUUCUCUUCUUCUACUAUACGCUUUUGCAUAAAUAAUUUACCCCACACGAACGACGACACGGUUGAAUACCGAACCGCGUGUGCAAACCGGCUAUAACAUAAUACGGCGCUCCUUGCUUCUACUUCUAAUCUCCAUGUCUGUCUGAGACUUUUUCAUUCUUCAUUCAGAGCGUAACACACACUGCAAAAGCACAGCACAGGAGCUGGUGCCACCGCUCCCCACGCUGCUGCAGCCAUGGGGUCUCACCCCUCCGAAAAAGACCUCGAGGUCCCGACAGCCACCCCCUCCACAAACGGCGACUCGUCUACCGACGACGUCGAGAGCGCCAACUACCGCAAGGCCGUCGACAACAAGGAGACCGGGUCGCCUGCCCACAAGGACGAGGCCGACCUCAAGAAACUCGACUCCAAUGUCAUUAAAGUCAAGGACGAGGACGACGAUCCCUUCCGCCACUUGCCAGCCGACGAGGCUGAGAUCCUGAAGCGACAGGUCGAUAUUCCCGUCGUCACCUCCACAUACUGGACCCUGUACCGCUAUGCCACCUUCAACGACAAGCUUAUCAUCGCGCUGAGCUGCGUCUGCGCCAUCGCGGCCGGCGCGGCGCUGCCUCUCAUGACCAUUGUCUUUGGUAACCUGGCGGGCCAGUUCCAGGGCCUCUUCCUCGGGUCGAUCCCCAAGGAGGAAUUCAAGGGGAUUCUCUCACACAAUGUUUUGUAUUUUAUCUAUAUCGCCGUCGCCGAGUUCGUUACGGUCUACAUCUUCACGGUCGGGUUUAUCUAUACGGGAGAGCAUAUGAGCGGGAAGAUCAGAGAGCGCUAUUUGGAGGCGUGUAUGAGGCAGAAUGUUGGGUUCUUCGAUAAGCUUGGUGCCGGUGAGAUUACCACGCGCAUCACGGCGGAUACGAAUCUGGUGCAGGACGGUAUGUCUGAGAAGGUCGGCCUCACCCUUGCGGCAGUGGCGACUUUCGUCACGGCCUUCGUCAUUGGUUUCAUCAAGUACUGGAAACUCACUCUCAUCCUGUCUUCCACGGUCUUUGCGAUCGUCUUCCUCAUGGGCGGCCUGUCGCGCUUCAUCGUCAAGUAUAACAAGAAAUCCCUCGAGUCGUACGCCCUGGGCGGCACCAUCGCCGAGGAGGUCAUCAGCUCCAUCCGCAAUGCGACCGCCUUCGGCACACAAGACAAGCUGGCCAGGCAGUACGAUCUGCAUCUCGCCGAGGCCGAGAAGUGGGGUUACAAGGUCAAGGUCAUUCUCGGGUUCAUGAUCGGAGGCAUGAUGGGUAUCGUGUAUCUCAACUACGGUCUUGCUUUCUGGCAGGGCGCCAAGAUGAUCGUUAACGGCGAGACGGCGCUCAGCAACAUUUUGACGACCCUGCUGGCUAUCAUGAUUGGUGCUUUCUCGUUCGGAAACGUCGCGCCUAACAUCCAGGCUUUCACCACUGCUACGUCUGCUGCUGCAAAGAUCUUCAACACUAUCGAUCGCGUGUCUCCGCUGGACUCCUCGGACGAUAAGGGAAUCAAGCUCGAGCACGUUGAGGGAACCGUCGAGCUCCGCAAUAUCAAGCACAUCUACCCCUCGCGCCCUGAAGUCACCGUUAUGGAGGACGUCAGCCUUUUGAUCCCAGCUGGUAAGAAGACCGCUCUCGUUGGCGCAUCUGGUUCCGGAAAGAGUACCAUUGUUGGUCUCGUCGAGCGCUUCUACGAUCCCGUCAAGGGUAACGUGUACCUUGAUGGCCACGAUGUCAGCACGCUCAACCUCAAGUGGCUGCGCAGCAACAUCUCCCUUGUCGCCCAGGAGCCCGUCCUCUUCGGCACUACUAUCCUGGAGAACAUCCUCCACGGUCUCAUCGGCACCAAGUACGAGCACGAGAGUCUCGAGAAGAAGACCGAGCUCGCUGUGGAGGCAUCCAAGAUGGCCAAUGCCCACGAGUUCGUUACAGGUCUUCCCGAGGGAUACCAGACUCAUGUUGGUGAGCGUGGAUUCCUGCUCAGUGGAGGCCAGAAACAGCGUAUUGCCAUUGCUCGCGCGAUGAUCUCGGAUCCUAAGAUUCUGCUCCUCGAUGAGGCUACAUCUGCUCUUGAUACCAAGUCUGAGGGUGUUGUCCAGGCUGCACUCGAAGUCGCGGCUGCUGGGAGAACUACUAUUACUAUCGCUCAUCGUCUGUCUACUAUUAAGGAUGCCGACAAUAUCGUCGUUAUGCAGGAAGGUCGCAUCAUCGAACAGGGUACCCACGAUCAACUUUUGGAAGCUCAAGGCGCGUACUUCAGACUCGUCGAGGCGCAGAAGAUUGCCGCUGUCAACGCCGUCACCGCCGAGGAACAGGCAGCUAUUGACGCCGAUGAUGAGAAACUCGCUCGCCACAUCUCCGAAACCGCAGGACAGGAUUACAUCGAAGACCCAGAUGACAAGAACAUCGCCAACAAGCUGAACCGCACCGCGACCGAGAAAUCCCAAUCCAGCGUAGCCCUCCAGAAGCGCGUUACCGAAGGGGAGCAGACCUACUCCCUCUGGACCCUCAUCAAGCUCGUCGCCUCCUUCAACAAGAAAGAAACGCACCUCAUGCUCGUUGGUCUCUUCUGGGCCAUCAUCUGCGGUGGCGGCAACCCCACCCAAGCCGUCUUCUUCGCCAAGCAAAUCCUAACCCUCUCCUUCGCGCCCACCGCCUCCUCCCCCGCCCAGGUCAUCAGCGACUCCAACUUCUGGAGUCUAAUGUACCUCAUGCUGGCCAUCGUGCAAUUUAUCGCCUUCGCCAUCCAAGGGUGGGCCUUCGCAUUCUGCUCCGAGCGUCUCGUCCACCGCGUGCGCGACCAGGCUUUCCGCUCCAUGCUGCGCCAGGACAUCGCCUUUUUUGACCGCGACGAGAAUUCCGCAGGCGCACUGACAUCUUUCCUCUCGACCGAGACGACGCACAUCGCCGGUCUCUCCGGCGCCACCCUGGGCACGAUUCUCACCGUCGUCGUGACCCUCAUCGCCGCCCUCGCCGUCUCCAUCGCAAUCGGCUGGAAGCUCUCCCUCGUCGUCGCCUCUACAAUCCCCAUCCUCCUCGGCUGCGGCUUCCUCCGCUUCUGGGUCCUGGCGCAAUUCCAGAGCCGUUCGAAGAAGGCAUACGAGUCCUCCGCUAGUUACGCGUGUGAAGCCACAUCAGCUAUCCGCACCGUCGCUUCGCUCACCCGCGAGAACGACGUGCUGGACAAAUACAAGGAGCAGCUCGCCUCGCAGGCAAGCGUCUCCCUCAGAUCCACACUCCACUCCUCCACCCUCUACGCCGCCUCGCAAUCGAUGACCCUCCUCGUCAUGGCCCUCGGGUUCUGGUACGGAGGCACUUUGCUCAUCAACAAGGAAUACACAAUCUUCCAAUUCUUCCUCUGCUUCGCCUCCAUUAUCUUCGGUGCCCAGUCCGCCGGAACCGUUUUCUCCUUCGCCCCCGACAUGGGCAAGGCCAAGGAAUCCGCCCGCGCCCUCAAGGUCCUCUUUGAUCGCGUCCCGGCUAUCGAUUCCUGGUCCACUGAGGGAGAACACCUCGAGUCUAUGGAUGGGACGAUUGAAUUCCGCGAUGUCCAUUUCCGCUACCCCACUCGCCCAGAACAGCCCGUCCUCCGCGGCCUAAACCUCACCGUCAAGCCAGGCCAAUACGUCGCCCUAGUCGGUGCCUCCGGGUGCGGGAAAUCCACGACCAUCGCGCUUUUGGAGCGUUUCUACGACCCCCUCGUCGGCGGUGUCUUCGUGGAUGGGAAGGAGAUUUCCACGCUCAAUAUCGCGAAUUACCGCUCCUACCUCGCCCUCGUCAGCCAGGAACCUACGCUCUACCAGGGCUCGAUCAGGGAUAACAUCUUGUUGGGAGCAGACCGCGAUGACGUCCCUGAUUCCGAAAUCGAGCAUGCGUGUCGCGAGGCCAAUAUCUACGAUUUCAUCAUGUCCCUCCCCGACGGCUUCGGUACCGUCGUCGGUAGCAAAGGCUCUAUGUUGUCUGGUGGGCAGAAACAGCGUAUCGCCAUCGCGCGCGCCUUACUUCGCGACCCCAAGAUUUUACUGCUGGAUGAGGCCACGUCAGCGCUGGAUUCGGAGUCUGAGCAUGUGGUGCAGGCGGCGCUGGAUGCGGCUGCGAAGGGGAGGACGACGGUUGCGGUGGCGCAUAGGCUGUCGACGAUUCAGAAGGCGGAUGUGAUUUAUGUGUUUGAUCAGGGGAGGGUGGUGGAGCAGGGGACGCAUGGGGAGUUGAUGAAACGGGCGGGACGGUAUGCGGAGUUGGUUAAUUUGCAGCAGUUGGGGAGGAAUAAUUAGGUGUCUGCCUGAUGUGUGUUGUGUAAUUAUAAUUUCGAUUUGGAAGUGGGAGAUGUGGGAGAUGUAGGGAGGAUGGAUGGGGAGAUUUUUACAUGGCCGUCUUGGGGGAUAGAGAGAUGGUUUGGCGUUCACACAUAUUUUUUUUUGUAUAAGGGAGGAGAGAGAGAGAGAGUUGGAUGAAUGUCGAGAUACCACGGCCAUCGAAGCCAGGGGAAGAAGGGAAGGGGAAGCUCAACUCAGUUACGCACACCAUCAUCUGCACAACGUCUGCGAUGGGGACGGAUUUUUUUAAUUGUCAUCAUGUUAGCAUAUCAUCAUAUCGUAUAUAUAUAUUUAUAGGAACAUAAACAUCAUAUAAGAAGAAGUAUCUACGACAGCGAUCUAUGUACAGCGCGCAUUAGUACGGUGUGAUGUGAGGGAAAAUAGCACCACUCCUCCUUCGGGGCCGGCUUUAGACAUGAGAUAUUCCAAUCCCGCCAGUUAUCCAAUACCUACA